GUGUGAGAGAGAGAAAUGAUGCUUGUAAUCGGUGGAGGCUGGUGGUGAUAUUAGAUGUGAGGGCUGAAAUAUAAAAAGUCUAUCAAUAGCAUGUUUAAACUAUUAGAACCAUUUGAACAAUGUAUUGUAUCACAAGGUCUCAUUGGUGCCAAAAUAAGGAUGAUGUGAGGCAAACUAUCACACACACACACACACGCACACACACACACACAUAAAGACAGCUGCAGUCAUGAUUUCAAGCCUGUAACGCUUUUCUGGAUUCAUGCUGCAUUUCCUCUGAAUGCUGGACAGAAAGGUUGUCGUUGUUUCUCAAACCAUAAUCACACUACUGUCAUUUAUCCUUGUGUGUAAUUUGUGUUUUGAUUGGACAGUGUGUGCUUUAUUCAUCUGCCUUUGGUGAUGAAUGAUGUUUCUGUAUUUCAGGCUUCUCUUUAAAUUUUUCUGGCCCAGAAAUUAGUUCCGCCUCCUUGUUGAUAUAUAGCUGCUCAGCUCUGCCUCUUUUCCUUAAAAGGCAUCUCACAGUUUUAAGUCAGGCAGUAUGGGGGGCGUGGUUUGAAGUAAUUACACUUCAGAAUCUAAAAUUUACAAACUGUUUCUUUAAGACUUAAAGCACCCUUAAGCGUACUUUGACUGUCAAUUUCUCCGUGAUGAAGUUUUGACUGAAGCCACACUGGUGAGGGUGUGUUCAGCACCGCAGCUUGUAUUUCACUGUUAUUCUCACGCAUCCGUAAACAACAAGAUGCUUUCUCACACUUGUGCGUGUGUGCGCGUGCGCGUGCGUGUGUGUGUAGGCGAUUGAGGGGAGUGCAACUCGUCCGCCACAAUUCUGCACUCAUGUAUGACCUGUGGGAGGAGGAGGAAGUGCUGCUCUGUUCAGGGCUUGCCGGAGUUUGAAGUGCUUUGAAGCAGGCAGAGUUUGAUUUAAAGGGUAAAGAGUCUGACAGUGAUGGAGAGCUGCUGACAGGGCACGCUGGUGGAUUUUCUCACAGGCAUAAACACACACACACGCACACAGAUACAUAAAGAACAAGGUGUGUGCAGGUGAGCAAGGAGAAGAGGACUGGCACAAUGGCCAAGUAUCACUGGCAGAGUCAAAAUGUCAAACAGAGCGGCGUGGACGACAUGGUGCUGCUCUCCAAGAUCACCGAGGACGCCAUCGUCGAGAACCUCAAGAAGAGAUACAUGGACGACUACAUCUUUACCUACAUUGGAUCUGUCUUGAUUUCAGUGAAUCCUUUUAAACAGAUGCCAUAUUUCACAGAUCGAGAGAUUGAGCUUUACCAAGGAGCUGCCCAGUAUGAAAACCCACCUCACAUCUAUGCCUUAACAGACAACAUGUACAGGAACAUGAUGAUUGACAGCGAGAAUCAGUGUGUGAUCAUCAGUGGAGAGAGCGGCGCAGGAAAAACAGUGGCUGCUAAGUACAUCAUGGGCUACAUCUCCAAAGUGUCCGGCGGUGGAGCUAAAGUUCAGCAUGUAAAAGACAUUAUCCUGCAGUCCAACCCUCUACUGGAGGCCUUUGGAAAUGCUAAAACGGUCCGAAACAACAACUCCAGCCGCUUCGGGAAAUACUUCGAGAUCCAGUUCAGCCGAGGAGGAGAGCCAGACGGAGGCAAAAUCUCCAACUUCCUGCUAGAGAAAUCCCGAGUCGUGAGCCAGAACGAGAACGAGAGGAACUUCCACAUUUUCUACCAGUUGAUCGAAGGCUCUUCGGCCCAGCAGAAGGAAGCUUUAGGGAUCAUGACCCCUGACUAUUACAACUACUUAAACCAGUCAGGAACCUACAAAGUGGACGGCACCAAUGACAGCAGCGACUUCCACGAGACGAUGGAAGCCAUGCAGGUGAUCGGGAUCCCUGGAGAGAAUCAGAUGCAGGUCCUGCAGAUUGUAGCUGGAAUCUUACACCUGGGCAACAUCAGCUUCAUCGAGGUGGGAAACUACGGCCAGGUGGAGAGCACAGACUUGCUGGCCUUCCCCGCCUACCUGCUGGGCAUCGAUCAGAACCGGCUGCAGGAGAAACUCACCAGCCGGAAGAUGGACUCCAAGUGGGGCGGCAAAUCCGAGUCCAUCGACGUGACACUGAAUCAGGAGCAGGCGUGCUACACACGUGACGCUCUCGCCAAGGCCCUGUUCGCUCGUCUCUUCGACUACCUAGUGGAGGCCAUAAACAAAGCCAUGCAGAAGCCCAUUGAAGAGCUCAGCGUCGGAGUUCUGGAUAUUUACGGAUUUGAGAUUUUUCAGAGGAACGGGUUCGAGCAGUUCUGUAUAAACUUUGUGAAUGAGAAACUGCAGCAAAUCUUUAUCGAGCUGACUCUGAAGGCAGAGCAGGAAGAAUAUGUCCAGGAAGGGAUCAAGUGGACUCCUAUUGAUUACUUUAACAACAAAAUAGUGUGUGAUCUUAUUGAAAAUAAACUGAACCCGCCAGGUAUAAUGAGCGUCCUCGAUGACGUGUGUGCCACCAUGUACGCCAAGGGCGAGGGGGCCGACAGCACUUUACUGCAGAAGCUGCAGUCUGCAGUGGGCUCACACGAGCACUUUAACAACUGGAACUCUGGCUUUGUUAUCCACCACUAUGCAGGCAAGGUGUCAUACGAUGUCAACGGUUUCUGUGAGAGAAACAGAGAUGUGCUUUUUACCGACCUCAUUGCACUGAUGCAGAGCAGCGAACAUCACUUCAUCCGCAGCCUCUUUCCUGAAAACAUCAACACUGACAAAAAAGGCAGACCAACCACAGCGAGUUCCAAAAUUAAAAGGCAGGCUAACGAGCUGGUGGAUACGCUGAUGAAAUGCACGCCACACUAUAUCCGCUGCAUCAAACCCAACGAGACCAAGAGGCCCAAAGACUGGGAGGAGAGCCGGGUGAAACAUCAGGUGGAGUAUUUGGGUUUGCGUGAGAACAUCAGGGUGAGGAGAGCCGGCUUCGCCUACCGCCGAGUUUUCCAGAAGUUUCUACAGAGGUACGCCAUCCUGACCCCGGAGACGUUCCCGCACUGGCGUGGAGGCGAACAGCAGGGCGUCCUGCAUCUGCUGCGCUCCGUAAACAUGGACAAUGAUCAGUACCAGAUGGGCCGCACUAAGAUCUUUGUCAAAAACCCAGAGUCGUUGUUUCUGCUGGAAGAGAUGCGGGAGAGGAAGUUUGACACGUUCGCCAGAAUCAUCCAGAAAGCCUGGAGGAAGUACAUCGCCAGGAGGAAGUACGAGCAGAUGAGAGAAGAGGCUUCGGAUAUUCUCUAUAACUCAAAGGAGCGACGCAGGAAUAGCAUUAACAGGAACUUCGUCGGCGAUUACCUGGGCAUGGAGGAGAGGCCUGAACUGCGUCAGUUCCUGGCCAAGAGAGAGCGAGUCGACUUUGCUGACUCAGUGAACAAAUACGACCGCAGGUUUAAGUCAAUUAAAAGGGAUCUGAUCCUCACACCUAAGGGCAUCUACUUGAUUGGACGUGAGAAAAUCAAGAAGGGUCCCGAGAAAGGCCAGAUCAAAGAAGUGCUGAAGAGAAAACUCGAAAUCGGGACCAUACGUUCCGUUUCAUUGAGCACGAGGCAGGACGACUUCUUCAUCCUGCACGAGCCUCAGUACGACAGCCUGCUGGAGUCCUUGUUUAAGACCGAGUUUCUGAGCUUGCUGUGUAAGCGCUAUGAGGAGCAGACCAAGAGCAAACUCACACUGUCCUUCAGUGACAGGCUGGAGUUUCAUGUGAAGAAGGAGGGAUGGGGAGGAGGAGGGAGCCGCAUGCUGAUGUUUUCUAGGGGACAGGGAGAUGUGGCUCAGCUCAAACCUGCAGGAAAAACUCUCAAUAUCAGUAUAGGAGACGGACUACCCAAGACUGCAAAACCGACGAGAAAAAGCAUGCAGCCCACUCAAGGAGGGAGAAGACAGGCCCCCGACAGAGGUUACCAGAACGGGGCGGCGCAGUUCUCCCGUGGGAACGCUCGGCCGCAGGAGCAGACCUACUCCACACCAGAUAAGUGGAACCGGCCGCCCAACGCCGCCCUCCCCAAACUGGGCUCUCAGAAAACCAAGCGAGGAACAGCAGCCACACACACACAGCCAUCUAACCUGGACUUCCUCAACGUACCUGAUCAGGGCGUGUCUGGAAUGCACCGGAAGAGGAGCAUCAGCCAGCGUCCUCCUCCGGCCCCCAGCAGCCGGCCCAAAGCUCCGCCGCGACCUCAGGGUCCUCGAUGCCGUGCACUGUAUCAGUACGUCGGUCAGGACGUGGAUGAGCUCAGUUUUGAUGUUGGUGAUGUUAUAGACCUCAUUAAAGAAGAUCCGUCUGGCUGGUGGACUGGCAGGAUGCGUGGGAAAGAGGGCUUAUUCCCUGGGAAUUACGUGGAGAAAAUCUGAGACGGUCAGAACUCUGGGGCACUGAAAGACCUGUCUGUGACCUCUGACCUGUCUUUGUUCAUCCAGCCUCUGAAACUGUCAGGACGUGUGUCUGGUGAUGAUGAGGCGAACCGCAGAGGGACACAAUCAUUAAACAUGAAUACAGAGGAUCCACUGCUGGUGAAUUGUAACAUAGUGAUGUUACAGAACCCGGAUUAGACUUAAACUGUGAGAGAAAAAGGUGUUUAAACAUUUUUUUUAACAAGAAAUAUUGCAAAAAGAACAAAGGCAUUAUGAAAUUUUGAAUUCUCAAAUGAACAAGGCAGUUUUGUAAAGGGGGAGAGCCUGCACUGCUGCUGCACAACCACACAAAGGCACUGUUUUCAAUACGGAGCUGAGAGACGGUCUUUAGCACACACACACACACACAAGCAGGAAUACAGUCCCUAUGGGGCAUUUUUUUUAACAGUGUUCAAGUUAGAUGCCUGUUUUUUUUUUGUUUGUUUGUUUUAAUGCCUUUCCAAGUCUUGAAAAUGAACUAAAUCAGUGGUACUGAUAUUUAAAUGUUACGUUUUUUUAAAAUAGUGCUUACUGUAAAUGUAUAUGAUUAUGUUGAAUGGAUAUUCACCAACACGUUAUUACUAAACGUAAUCUGAGAGAGCUUUUUUACACCAAAAAAAGUGUAAAUGAUCAUGGAAUUUUUUUUUUUCUAACAUGCGAGUAAAGUGAUUUUUCCCAAA